AUGUUACAUAAUGUGGUUUGGAGCCAGAUAAUUCUCAUUUUCGGAGCUUUGGUCGUCAAAUCAUGUGACAAGGGCAAUACAAGGGUACAUGAAGGUAAUAUAGGCGAAAAUGCAAGUUUUCCCUGGCUAGGAGUACUGAGAGUUCAUGUUCAUAAAGGCUCGAAUUUUCAAACGGCUCUCAGUGGGCUAUUGCUGAUUAAAACCACGUAUGCAAUUGUGAGCGGUAGUGAUGUUGCCAGAGUUUCGAGGCAUUUGCUACGGACGGAUAGUAAAGCGAUGUUUAUCACAUCAGAUGGUAAAUAUUGGACGUGUGGUGUCAAAGAUUACAUGAUGCAUCCUGAAUACGAAUAUACCACUUAUAAUACCUUGGCUCUGAUUGAGCUGGAUAUUGAUAAGGAUAAUGAAAAUUACUCCAACCUAAAGCCUAUAUGCUGGCCAAGCUAUCUCUAUAAUGCGUCUACAUAUCUCUACGCACUGGGAUACACAGAUGAAAAUCAGAUAUUGGAAAAAGUAAUAUAUAAAAUGCAAUACGUCAGUCUUCCACUUUGCGAAGAAUUUUAUAACAGGGCUGGGACGUCCGGAGGAAAAUUACCACAGUAUCAAUGUGGUUAUGCCAUAAAUAAUAAGAAAAACUGCGUUUGGGAUAAUGGCAUGGUGCUUGCUUCAAAUUCUACUGGUUUUUGGAGUGUGAUCGGGUUUGGAGUUCGAGGGCCAGGAUGCGCAGCUCCAGCUAGAUUUAUCAAUAUCUACCCAUAUUUAUCGUGGAUUCGAACUGCUACAGAUUUAAUUGAUGCUACAUAUUUUUAAAGUUCUUUUAAUUACAUUACG